AUGAGGUCAUUUGCCGCCGGUACAGCUACUGCUUUGGCAGUCUCCAGCUGCUUUCGUUCUCAGUUCAUGGCUGAUACACAGAAAAGAAAAGUCUCCGCGUUUUCUCAGACUGAAUAUCGCCCGUAUAAGCUUCUAAACGUACAGACUGAGUCCCAUGAUACGAAAAUAUUUUCCUUUGGUUUACCAGAGAAGAGCAUGCCGGUUGGUCUUUUGCCUGAAUCGUGUAUCACGCUUCGCUACUUCGACAGCAAGGGUGAAGAGGUGAUGCGACCGUAUACACCGCUGAACUUGGCAACUGACAAAGGAUCCUUCGAUAUUGUGGUCAAGUGCUACCCUAACUCAAAAAUGGGCACCUACCUACACAAUAUGAAGAAGGGUACCAUGAUCGAAGCCCAAGGCCCUUGGUCGGUGAUGGAAGUUAAGCCCAGUCAGUACGCGCAUAUUGGCAUGCUCGUGGGUGGCACUGGCGUUGCUCCGGCUUAUCAAGUUUUUCGUAACAUAUUGGCUGAUCCAACUAACAAAACAAAGUUCACACUGUUUUACUGCAAUAAAGCAGAGAAGGACAUACUUCUGCGUGACCGCCUUGAAGCAAUUGCACGUGAAAAACCGGACCACUUUACUGUAUGCCACAUGCUGGCGGAGACACCCGCAGGCUGGACAGGCUACAAAGGACACAUUACAAAAGACAUCAUCAAGGAGAAGAUGCCGAGUCCUGAUCUAAAGGGCAAUGCAUUGGUAAUGGUGAGUGGGCCCCCAGGCUUCAUGAAGGUCGUUUGCGGAGAGAAGGAUGGUCGCGAACAAGGACCCCUUGGUGGCUUCUUAAAGGAGCUGGGCUACUCAUCAGAAAUGGUUCACAAAUUCUGA